AUGAAUGUUUGGAAGGACCAACAAGAACAACUAGGAACUGGCCAGAAUAAACUAAGAAAACUUCAAAAAAUUGGUGAAACUCGAUGGUGGUCUCGGGAAAAAGCAUUAAAAUGGGUUUUCAGUGGUAAUGACUGUUUAUAUCCAGUUGUUCUUAGUGCUCUAAACUUUGUUGCUACAUCAAGUAAAUUUGAUCCAAAGUCUUCAUCUGAGGACUCGUCUUUAAUAGAAAAUUUAUGCAAUUUUAAAAUCAUAUGUACAGCUCAUGUAUUUUUAAAAAUAUUUAUAACUGUUGGUUCUACUUCAACUUAUUUGCAAACUAAAAAUUUAGACCUCCUUGCUGCAUGGGCUAUGGUUAAAACAACUAUUAAAGAAAUAGAUAAAAUUAAUUUUGAUGAUGUCAUGUUCGAAUCAGAAAAAAUGUGUUUGGAUAUGAAUACCAAGUUAACAACUAUUAAAUUACCUGAAAAUAUAAUUGUUGAAUCUGAGUUUAAACAAAACAGAGUAAGACGUACAAAGCGGAUGUUUAACGAAAUAUGUAGCGAUGAAUCACCAAUAAAUCCCAAACAAAAAUUUAAGAUUGAAGUAUUCUUGUGUAUUAUUGAUCAACUAAAAACCAGCCUUUCAGAGAGAUUUACAAAUAAUACAAGUAUAAUUGUUGACAUGCAGUAUCUUUUACCAAAACAUUUUAAAGAUUUGAAGUCAGAUGAUCUUCCAGAGUCAGCGUUAAAAAAAUUAUCUACUUUGUCAUCAGUAGACCAUUCAUUAUUAAUUGCUGAAUUAAAUCAUUUUGCAAGUAUUUACAAUAGUGUUAUACAACUGCUAAACAUGAAAUCCAAUUGUAUAAUAUAUGACAGCAAUGAUGAUAAUAGCCAAGAAGACGAUGAUGAGAGUUGUGACAACUCGAUGAGAAAAACUGAUAAUGGACAUAAUCGUGAUUCUUGUCUCUUGUGUGUUCACAAACUAAUUUAUUCACUUAAUAUGCACUCUCCUUUAUACGCUAAUCUUUUUACUGCCAUAGAAUUUGUAUUAACACUAUCUGUGAGUCAAGUAAAUUGCGAGCGUGUUUUCAGUAAAUUGAAAAUAAUUAAAAACCGAUUACGUUCUACUCUUGGAAAUGAACACUUGGAAGCAUUUCUUCUUAUGACAGUUGAGAAAGAAAUUUUUAGACGAGAUUGA